AUGCAUUCUACUCCCUCUUUGAGCUCGCUCGGGCAAGGGAUUGAGAUGAGCCCUGCUGAGACAGAGGCUGAGCCAACACCUCUGGUGUCUGAUUCUGGACCCAGCCGGCAGAUGCGACAAAGAGGCCCAGGCACCACAAAGCCACGCAUCUCCUCAGGCGCAUCCGUGCUGGUUCCCACCAGCUAUGCACCAGGAACCACCGCCUGGAUAGCAACCACUGCUUCCUUGUGCUAUGCGUUCUCUUACUUCUGGAGAUAUCCGAUAUUCAUGCUGCCGAAGCAUAUCCUUGACACCCCGACCAUGACAGUCUUCGGGAAGACAUUGUCCCUUCAAGAAUGUUUCUCGAUGUCGUUUAUUUUGGGGUUUGGUGCUGCCAAGAUCCCGGCAAUGCGGUUGGCCACGAGUGGGUUUUUCUUCCGACACCGCUUGGCACUGCUGUUGGGGAUCUUGAUUUCAUCGAUGCUGCUCGUGGCACUGCCAAUUCUGCUGCUGGAGGGCUUGGAGUUCUUGCAAGUGCUGGGCGUGUUUUCCUCCUCAUUCAUCUCCAGCUUCCUGUAUGGUGGCAUGGUCACCUAUUUGGAGGGAAGACAGAGCACCGAGAUUAUGCUUGCGGCCAUCGCCGCCAGCCUCACCGUGGCUGGCACGCUAAGCCGAGCAGCUGCUACGGCACUCCUCGGCUGGGGUUUACCUGCAAGGCUGAUGCCCCUCGUGUUGGGAGGAUGCAGUUGCUUCCUUGCCUGCAUCUGCAUUGUGCUCACUGACAGAGCGCCCAAACCAAGCCGAGCCGAUGUAGCUGCACGCUCGGCGCGCACAGCCAUGACCUCAAGGCAGCAGUGGGACUUCGUCCGCAAUCACGCCUUCGGAGUGGUUGCAUCCAUCUCGGCCUGGGCGGGACUGGUCGGAUUGCGAUCCUUCCGAGAUUUCUACGCGCAGCAGGUCUACACUGCUGCGUUGGCAGAGCCUCCUUCCUCCAAGGUUUAUGCAAUGGCCGACAUCCCCGGAGCUGUGACAUCCUUCAUCAGUCUGGUCUUGAUGUCCUGGGUGAAAGACAGCCAGAAGGCCUUGCGCUUGAUGUUGGUGAUCUGCGCUUCAGGACUGGUGGUAAUUGCCGUGCUGACAUGGCUACUGCGAGAGGGAUGGCUUGAUGGGAUCAGCUGGUUACUGUUGUACUCUGCCGCCUUCUACACCUCAUUCUCCAUGCUCAACGCGCCCCUGAAUGAACGCAUCUUCGCAGUUUCCCGGGCAGAAGGCACUUGCUCUUUCCUCAUCUUCGCAUCGGAUGGUGCGGGAUACGUCGUAACCAUUGGCUUGUUAAUGUACCAGAGCUUCGGCCCUCUCUCGAACACCAACGCUGAGGUGGUGCUGGAGCUCUUCGUGCAACUGCUGUACAUACUCACUGUCCCCAUUGUGUUCUUGCUGCUGAUGUCGGUCAGAUACUUCAGCCGCAGCGUCUACUGCCAUGCACAUGUUGCGGCUCUCUGA